UUCACUAAGUUACAAUACCAGCCGAAUCCGCUUGAAUCCGCCUCACACAUUAUACGCUAUGAGCGAUGAGCACGCAGAGCGGCUGCCGUUACGGCGGGUCCACUUAUCAUAGUUCACGUGUCAAUGGCUUCCAUCUUCCGCUCCGUGAGCAACAAAAUCCCAGCGUUCACACACCAGACCGCUUUCAGAUGCUGUUUAAAGUGCCCGCCUUGGUCCAAAAUCCUCCCGGUUGACCAUAGUCACACGGCAGACUUCAUGUGGUGUACUGUCCAUAGGCGCGCCCAUGCAAAUGGAUGUCCUGUUCCGCGGUUUAAGUUCCCGUUGCCAAGCCCGUCGCGCGGCUUCAGGACAUCCGUUCCGCUCCCAACAUCGCAGCCGUUCGACCACAGCUUCCGUCUUGGCCUCCACACGACACUUCCUUCUGGAACGGCAACUGACCCGCGGCUCCACCCCGCAGUGUUAAGUCCGGUUCCCAUCAGGUGGCGGAUAGACUGUGUUCUGGUUCGCCAAGUCUGGGGCCCCGCACUGUUACGGUAGGCCCGAAUCAAUGGUUCUCGGCGCCCUCGAGGCGAUAGAGCGGAGCAACUCCAACAAGCGCGCUAUGGAAUUCACGAUCUAUAUAGCUAUGACCUGUUCGCACCAACAUGACGAUCAUCACUACCAUUACCUCCCUGGUCAUUCUCUGGCACCACCAUCAUCCAUUCGCCUACUAUGUCUGACAAAGCUACCAUGGAGAAGAACGAUGUCGAGUUCAAAGAGGAUGCCGUACAGGGGCAAGUGAGAGAUCAUCU